ACUAAAAAUUUCUUUUUAUUUGUUAUUUUAUAUAAAAAUAAAUAAAUCAGAAAUAACUUUAUUUCCCGCCAAUUUUUGAUGACGCCAUAUUGGCUAGCCUGUCUUGUUCAGUGUCAAAGUGAUUCGAAGUUUGAAAUAGUGUUUCAAAGCUGUUUUACUUUAAAAAGUAAUAGUUUUAAUAUUAAAAAGUGUUUUUCGUACUAAUAUUUCAAUACAUUCUAACAUCAUGCCGCAAGAAAUGAAUAUUUUACGCUGUUCUUCAUGUAAAACAUAUCAAGUCCAUAUAAUAAAAAAAGCAAAAAAAUGGCAGUGUAAAAUAUGUAACUUCAAGCAGACAUUUAAACAGGUUUAUUUUAAAGGCUCAGGAAAAGAUUGUCGUGUUUUUGUUCAAAAAUUAAAUCUUAUGAAAGAACAUGAGGUUGAGAAAAUUGCAAAAUCUUUUGAUGAAUGCAAUAAUAUUAAUGAUAAUUACACGAGUACUUAUCCUGAGCAACUAAAAUUAAAAGUUACUGAGAAUAAGUGGGCAAAAUAUUUAGAUUCAACUGAAGAAAUUGAAUCUAAUAUUUUCAAAGCUUCAACUAGCAAAAAUAUUAAGUACAAUGAAAAUGAUGAUAAAAUUCAUCUUAAUGAUAAUAUAAUAAAAUCCUCACAAAGUAAAUCUAUAAAAUCAGAUCUUUCUGAUGAAAGUGAUUGUACACAAAAUUUUGUUAAUGAUAAUGAAGAAGAUUAUGACAAUUCUAUAUCAAAGGAAAUAGAUAGUAGUAAGAAUAAUGAUUUCCAUAGCAAAAAUAUAACCGAAAUUAAAUGUAAAGAAAAUAUUUUUGAUGAUAAUGAAGAUUUUGACAUUUCAAUUGAUUUCUAAAUUCUAUAUAUAUUUUUUUUACUUUCUAAAUCUAAAAAAAUUAUUUUUAUUAUUUCUUAUUUUUAAAAAAAAUUGUUCAUUAUUUUUUUAUAUAAAAAAAAUAAAAUAUUAGUUGGAAUUUGGACAGUAUUUUUUUAUUUAUUUAUUUCACAUGAUUUAAAUACAUUGCUUUAACUUCAAAAUCUUGAAGAUAUUCUCAGGACACUAACUGAGAAUCUAGUACAUAACACAGACAUAUACUUGUAUAAAAAAAAAUAAAA